AUGGGCCAAACAACCUCCGUGGAAAGUAGUAACAAGCCCAAGUUUACUAGUGAAAAAGAAGUUUUGAAUUGGUACAACACAAAAGCAAUAAAAGCUGUCACAACCCCAGAGUUGGUUUCAUUUCGAGCUAAUAUUCAGGGAAAGUCUUUAGACGAUGCCCUUACUGGGGAGGAAUUGAUAUCUUUGCUAAGACUGGACAGUUGUAACAAAAAUGUUUCAGGACUACUCUUCAGUUUCAUCCAAACUCUGGCCAACUUUCCCAUGUUAAAGGACUGUUACGAGUAUUUAACAUACGUGGGAGUGCUCAAGAGCUGCGUGCUCUUGAGCAAAGAGCGCUGUUUAAAAUUCGUUCACGACAAGUCAUACAACCAUACGAAACUCAUAUACAUUGCCUUGUCAUUGAAUAAAAGCGUCAAGGAACUGUCGGCGACCCCUCUGUCCGAUGAGACACUUGACGUCCGGAAGAUAGUAUCUACGUUCAACGAGGUUUGCGAGGACGAGCUCUCAGUUUCUGCUGAUGUCAUGUGGGAUUUUGUGACGCUGUUGCUGCGCUUAGCCAAGGCCACUUUGAUCAAAAACUGCAAAAUCAACAGAGAAAUUUCUGACGACUGGGAUUCCUUCAAAAUUGCCGCGCUGAAUAUAGUGAGAAGUAUGAAUCAUGAUAUUGUAACCUCACAAGAUACCGCGACGAACACAAUUACGUGUGCUCAGUUUCAGGAUACAGUUUCAUCGGUGUGUCCACGUUUGUUGGUACCGCUAGAGAGCUUAGCGGAGCACGUUUUUUUUCUUGAAAGAGACCUGGUUGAUAUUGACGUGCCAAAAAUGCUGAACGCGGAAUCUAGACUCGUCACAGAAGCACUUUUAUCGCAACUGGCCACAUUUUGGCCAAGAGAAAUGAUUUUCUCAAGCCUCCGAAAAUUAUAUGCCGGCAGAGAAAGCGGUUAUUCCAUGAGAUCCCUUCAGUCCAAAGCAUUCAAGUGGAUGGCCCCGUCAAUUUUGUUCGUCAAUGGUAUAAGAAUCCCGAAUGAUCAGGAAUAUGCGACAACAAAAAACCAUCGAUAUCAGAGGUUUCUCGACGAUUAUCCGAGGCUAAAAGACGGAGAUCAAGAGAUUAUACCAGCGUUUACCGGUAAGAAGAAAGUAACCUUUGCUAUCUAUGUCAAUGAGCCUUGGAAGGUAACAAAUUCUGAAAUGUUUGGAGAUACCAAGACCACCAUCAUACAACUUUCUCCAACUCAAGAGGUCUUUAAAGCCAGCAGGUCUGGAAACAUCUACUUCAACACUCUCGGCGGGGGCCUGGGUAUUGGAAGCCCUCAACCGAUUGUGAAAAACAAUGUGCGAAAGUAUCUACCAGGAAAUGUUUCACUGACGAUUGAUUCUAACCUAGAGUUUGGAGCUUUUAGAAAUGUUGGUCGUGGAGGAGUAAUGAACCCAGGUAUGCUCUCAUCCGAGUCAAGCGAGCAUAAGUUCCUCAUUCAGGACAUCGAAGUCUGGGGAUGUGGUGGUGAAAAAGAGCUAGAAGAACAAAUAAAGAACUGGGAAUGGGAGGAAGCGGAGGCAGCUAGAAGACAGCGGAUCAACCUGAAGAGUAUAAAUGAUGAUAGGGCUUUGCUUGAGUUAGCAGGUUUAGUAGGCCAGAAUCAAAGUGGGGGCUCUGUAUAA